AUGAAAAGGUCCAGGCGACGCACACAUUCGCCCACUUACCUCAGCCCCUCGCCUAGUCCGAGGAGCGCUUCUCCUAUCACUAGCCCCAAAACUUAUACCCGAGAAGGUGCCGCUUUCAAAAUGUCAUCGAGCUCGCGGCCAUGCUCCAUGGCCGCACUAGCGCCAACGCUACAGGAAAUACUUGCCAAUAAGGCUCCUCCGCCAUGCACAUUGAGUGCCUUUAUGGCAUAUCUUUCCCAAAACCACUGCCUCGAGACGCUAGAAUUUACAAUGGAAGCAGAGCGCUACCGCGUCGCCUACCAUCAAAUAGCUGGCGAUGGGACGGCCUGGUCCCGAGACGCCAGCGAUCACCUUUGCGGUCAUUGGCAGAAGCUGAUAAACGCCUACAUAACGCCGUGUGGACCUCGCGAGGUGAACCUCCCAGGGCCCGUUCGGGAUCGCCUGCUGCGGCUGCCUUGCUCGUCAACACCACCUAACCCCUCAGAACUGGAUGAGGCUGUACGGAUAGUUUACGAGUUGAUGAAUGACUCGGUGCUACUCCCGUUUAUCGAGUCGAUGCACCUGUCCGAGUAUGACCAGGAUAGCCGCCAAGGACGUGCGAAACUGCGAAUCUCUCGGGAUCCCUCCAAGUCUUCUUUGGAAGAAUCUAGUCGGCCACCCAAGGUUUCUUUGCUGCCGCAGCUGCACAUUGGACGAAAGGGGGAACACGCCGUGCGAUCCUCUUCCUCGUCGUCCACUGACGCGGUAGAGAGAGACGGUGUUUCUGAUGACAGUGUCAACUCGCCGACGUCUGGGGAUCCCCUGACGCCGCCCACCACUCCUCCAACCUCUGAUUGGGGUUUCGGUGCAUCUCCAGGUGGUCUACACAGGGCUAUCAGUAUACACAACAACGGGUGGAAGCGGAUGAGCGCCAGGCUGGGACUUGGAAAGAAGUCUAACUCGAGAAAGCAACGUGGUAACACCUCGGACGCUCCCACAGCGAGUUCCUCAGACACCGAUGUCAUGUCGCAACCGACACACAGUACGAUCAAGAUUGCAUCUUCAACAACCCCAUUGCUGAUCCAUUCACCGGCCCUUGAACUUGACGCGGUUGAUCCCAGCGCCAAGGGUCUCGGCAUUCACGGCAAUCUUUCCCACGAUUCCACGCAUGGGUUCGACACCCAGGAGAAAGUACCAGUCACAUGGGAGGAGCCCCAUCCUGGUCAGCUGCUGACAUUUCCACAUGCCGACAAAGAGGCGUGGGAUGCAGGAAGCCGUGUCGAACUGAACCGAAGAAAUAUGGAUAGUGCUGUGUUUAGGAGCGAUAUGGCCGCAAAUCUGAGUAUUCUGCAGCAGACGAGAUCGGCCACAGGGAACUCAUGUUUUUGUCGCUACAUCUCGCGGGCUAAGAGAAGCAGGUGUGGAGCUGUGCUUCAUUCUUCUGUGUCUGCAUGCGAUACUAUCCCUUCAACUGGGGAUCAUUUUGGCGCUUUGCAAAGUCCCAGCAAGGUAGUGGAAUCGCCUACCCUUGCUAUCUUGAAAGAGGAUGAAGCAAGCGUUACUCAAUCACCGUAUGACACGGAUGAUGACCAAUCGACGAUCAAGGAGGCCGCGUUGCCUAUAUCGUCGCCACAUCUACGAAUGACCAACUUCUCCAAAUACAUCGACAUGGACACUGAUGAAGACGAGUUCCAUGACAUAGUAAACUCUGGCAAAAUGUCCCCGGUCGUUGUUGCGGUCGACGAUGCCUACGGAUGGGAAGCCGAAUUGAACCGGCGUGCCACUAGUACCAGCAAUGUUCGGCACUACUCGGAUUGUCACUACAAACAAUCCUGCGUGUCGAAACGUGGCCUGCUGCAUCGUUUUUUCAGCAUCGGCCACACAUGA